AACUGCCCGGCUACAUGCAUGAACAUGCAUCCACCCGCUGAACGCCUGCUGGAGCUGAGAAGUGAUCAACAUGGCCUUCGUGCCCACCGUUCUCUACCCACUGACACUGCCUGCGCUGCUCGGCCACGUUCUUUCAACACAGUCUGCUUCCUCACCUACGACUCUCAUCAUCUGCUCUGAUCGGGGGACCUUUCUUGGAGAUGUCGCACAUUCACUGAAACAGCAGCAAGACACGAGUCAGAACAACAAUCUAAAGCAACUGCUCGUCCCAACUCUCCACAACCUCUCGACUACUCGACAUAUCAAGCUAGCUUUCUGCGCAUCUGUGCAGGCGCUGCUGGCCUACCUGACGGCAUAUGAUCGACCUGGCUAUGUGCACGUGGACGAGAGUGAGGGCAAGGAGAGAUUGGUGUUGGUGAAUCCACUUGCUUUGCACAAGCCGACGUCGUCUUUCUCAGCGCAAGGUCUGUCGAGGACGUUCGCAGCUGCGGUGGAAACGGCGUUGAGAACGGGGGCUACGCUGCAUCUUGUGGAAUGCGAGGGCAGGCGGGAUAGCCAUGAGGUGGAUGGUGGAGACGAUGUGGCUAUGCCUGACAGAGAGGAGGAGGGCCAUGUCACUGCGGAGGAGCAAGAUCCAUGGGACCAGGACGUUUCGAUCCUGAAUGUCUCUACACGAAGAUUUGGCUCUGGUGCUGGUGAACGUGCAUGGGCUGGUCGGACAGUCAAAGCGAAACGAAUUGCAGCUAGAUGGUUUCGAUUCCAGGAUCUUGCUGGCCAUCACAUGAACGAAGAACCCGGCUGAUCACCAUCAGAGAGACGACGGCGCCGCAGAUUCGGGAUAUGUAAAUGUUUUGGUUUCGCUAUGCUAUGAGUUGCCGUCUCAUGUCCAACUCAAGAAAUCAAUCCGGGGAUCAUCGACAUCGUCAGCCGUGGAGUCGUCAUUUUGAGUACCCUUGAUAUCCACAUCCACCGCUUGGUCCAGAUCCAAUGCCAGCUAAGUGGCCAGCCACUUCGAAUCAGAUAUUGCGUUCGUUGAGCGCUCAUGCCCAGUCCUUCUUGAUAUCGAAGGACCACGUAAACUGCAGGUGGACAUGGUUGUCAUCGUCGACAAACUUGGAGACGGCGGUGUAGUGGCCACGGCCGAGCAUACCAGAGGGAGCGGUCUCCGGUUCGAACUUCUUCUCGUAGAACGGCUUCUCUUCUGUGC